AUGGAGUCGACUCCACUCCUCUGGAAGCCGUGUAGAGAAGCGUUUAUCAAUGGCAGCAAUGUAGCGCAUCGUGAGGGCAACGAAACCCACAGAGAAAAGCUCCUGUCAGUUACUGCGAAGGACACGGCCGACGUUGAUGAUGUGCUGAAAGUGUUGCAUGCCCUGCAAUUCACCUGCCAGAGUCGCCCUCUCGUCGAGACAGAGGAGCUAGGGAAGACAUUUGCCAAGUUCCUGAUAGCCCUAAAGAACUAUACAGUGUUUCAUGCACUUGAAAGGAAGAAACUUUCAGCCAAGCGACUAUUGUGGGUGUGCCGCGUUAUGGAUGCGGAGGAAUCGCUGACAGGAUGA